GAAACAUAGACUCUUGUAGAACCGUUAGGCUACCGAAGGGAUAUUAUAGGGUCUGUCCUACUACCUGUGGGGGAAAGAAAGAAACCCCCCCCCCAAAAAUGACCUCUGCCGGUGUGCCACUGCAGACGGACUGCAGUCAACCCCACCGUGAUGAUGCAGCGUAUGAAGAGGAAAACGUCCAUGAAGUAUACCAGCAAAUUGCCAAUCACUUUUCUGCCACUCGUUACAAGCCCUGGCCCAUUGUGGAACGCUUCCUCAAAGACCUGGAGCCUGGAGCUGUCGGCUUAGACGUGGGAUGCGGCAACGGCAAGUACUUGACCGUAAAUCAGGACGUCUUCAUCGUGGCGUCAGAUAGAUCUGAAAACCUCGCUCGCAUUGCUCAAGAGCAUCAGCCCCACUCGACAAUCAUGGCAGAUAUCCUCAAUCUUCCACAUCCGGAGUCUUUCUUUGAUUUCGCCAUCUCGAUUGCCGUGGUCCACCAUUUGUCCACUCUGGAUCGAAGGGUCCAAGCUAUUCGCGAAAUCCUGCGGACGCUGAAGCCUGCCACCGCAGAUUCUCCGGGUGGGAAAGCUCUGAUCUAUGUCUGGGCCCUCGAACAGAAAAGCAGCCGUCGAGGCUGGGACAAAGGGGACCAACAAGAUGUGAUGGUCCCCUGGAUCCUAAAGGGAACACAUUCUGUGGACACUCCACCCAACGAGCCAAAGGUGUUUCACCGAUACUACCAUCUUUAUGAGGCCUCGGAACUGGCGCGGGAUAUAAAUACGGCAGGCGGCUCUGUCCUGGAAGCUGGAUAUGAUAAAGACAAUUGGUGGGCUAUCGCUUCCCGAACGGAUCCAAAAUCACUGUGAAAUGCAUGGAUGCGGUGAAAGCCUCAGGGUCCAGCCUCGAGGCCAAUCCCCCACAUCUGCCUAGCAUUAACAGCAGGAAUGACGACACGAGCAUUCGAAUUGCCGCUCCAUGGCUCUUUUUGAACGCACCCUUCAUGUAUCAAAGCCAGAUGAGGACAAUAAAAAAAUGCGAGCAUAAGCACUCGGGAGAACCAUUUAUGAUAAGAUCUCCCGUGAGUGAAGAUAUCAUUCCGACCAGCGCUCUGCAGUUCGUAACGCAAAAUACUCAGGCAUAGGAGUCGUGUUCUUCAUAACCUCCCUACGGAAGGGUUCGAGGAGGGAGACCGAGAUUUGGUCCCAGCGGGCUGCCAUGUCCACCACUCAGAUCC